AUGGACGGGUCACGUUUCUGGGCACAGGCCCGGCAUUUCUGGAGCACUGGUCUGCAGCAUGCCUUCCAGCCGCUCCCCGCUCACAGGAGAGCGCCCCUCGCGCUCUCCUACGCCUCGCCGCGGCGCGUUCCCUCGACGCGCCCGCGCCUGCUCGAAAUGCAGGCAGACGUUUGCUCUUCUGGCCCGCCGCGAGCGUGGCCCUCCCCGCGCGCUCGCUGUCCGCUGGCGCGCCCUCCCCGCCGUGCCGCUGCACGGGGCGCUCCGCGCCGCGGGGCGCAGCAGCCGGCGCGGGGCGCGGCAGCAGACGCCGCUCGGGGCUCGGCGCGCGCGGAGCCAGCCCGCAGUGCCCGCCCGUCUCGCACGGUGGCGGAUUUCGCGGACCACCUCCCGUCGGGUGUCGAAGAUGGCCCCAAGGGCCUCUCGGAGGAGCCCAUCAGCAUCUAA